UGUAAAUUUACAGAGAAGUCCGUACAUUGUUCUCCAAUGGAAAAAAAACACCAGUUACCCAUCUACCCAGUGGGUGGAGAGACGCUGAUGAAGCUGCCUGGGUUGUAAUGAGUCAGAAACAGUCACAGCAGCAGUUUCAUCCGGUGACAUCGUACCGAGUUUUAAAUGGACAAUGAGGAGCUCAGUCAGAGUUUUUCACCGUUGAUCUGUUUGACUCUCACCGUGUUUUUGCUGCAGUUCACCUGCAUGUCUGCUGAAGGUCCGUUACAGGUGAUAGGAUCACCUCAGCCCAUCUUGGCCACUCCGGGCGAUGACGUCAUCCUGCCGUGCCACGUGGAGCCUCCGGUGAACGUGGCGGGGCUAACGGUGGAGUGGUCGAGGCCCGACCUUCGACCUGAUCCCAAUGAUCUGCAGAAGCGGGUCGGUUUUGUGCAUCUUUACCGGGACAGCCGGGAGGUCCUGGACAUGAAGAUCUCGUCGUACGUCCUGAGGACGGCGCUGUUCUUAGACGACCUGAGACGAGGCAACAUAUCGCUCAAGAUCACUAAUGUGACGCUCGCAGACGAAGGGAGAUACAGAUGUUUCAUCCCAAAGUUAAAAAGCCUGAAAAAAUCUUCUAUUAUUCGUCUUGACAUUGAUCAAAGCUCAAAUAAGACGUCAACAGAGACGCCGCUAUAUCCCAAAAUCCUCCAAACUCCGGGUCCUACAGAAGAGAUGCACAGUGAGGCAGGUGACGUGUCCAGUCGGAGCAGACUGGCCCCCCUUUUCGCAUUUUUGCUGAUUGUGGCUUUUGUAGUCGGAGGAUUUUUAGUUCGUGUGUGUGUGUGGAAAAAAAAAAAAAGAAAGAAGCUUAUGACAUCACCUGAAAUAUACCUGUGAGGUUGAAUACUCUGACACCACUGUCAGCUGCCUUGCCCGGUAAACAUUGUUAAAGGAGAUGCGAGCACCUGCACAUGAAUCAGUGGUGGUGCCUAUCACUUACCACAGCAUCUGCAGUUUUGCCAUGUGAACCUGAAAGUUGAAUUUCCUGGAACUGGAAUUUCGUGGAGCGCUUGAGCCUUCAGUAGUCUCCUGUUUCUGUAUCCAAAGCCAGAUCAUUCGGCUGUUUAGAAAUGUUGCAGUGUUUCCUUAUCUCCAGUCACGGACGGAAGCAGAUUGACUAUGGCCCACAUUUUGACGCCUUUGCCAAACUGUAUCUCUCUGAUUCGCUCCUGUGGAAGUGUGCUCAUUGUUUGGACCUCUCACAGUUUAGAUGCACAUCACUGCAGGGCGAUGUAGAAGCCUUUAGAUAAAGUGAGAGGUGGUUAUUUUAAUUCUUCACACUUCCCACUAGACUGAAAUAAAUCAGACUGAGCAGUUGACUGGAGGUCAAGUUUCUCUCCUAUUUUUGUGCUUUUUUAAAAUGACUGUAUUCUGUGUAAAUGAUCCAACAUUCAAUGUCUCUCAGUCAAACUCCGCAGUUAUAUAAAAGAAUCACCCCCGUACAGUUACAGUUGUUAUGAGGGAGUAAAUCAGCUGUAGAGACCAGAAGAAGAGUCUAUGAGGAUUGACAGCAUCUAGUGGUCAAUAGAGGAAUUGCAUGUUUUGGCAGUUUCAUGUUGGCUCUUCGAGGUUGCUGCUUGCUGUAAACCUAUCUUUGAAAUGUGAUAUUGUUCUGUCCUGUUGGGUUUGUUUUUAUUUCUUUGUUUUUUAAUGGCUACUUUUUGUAACCCUGUUGUUGAUUAAAAACAGUAACUAGA